UUUAGGUAGGUAGGUACUAAUUGCAUGAUUUAAUUAAAGUUUUAAUCUAAUAAGACGAAAUCUUGGUUAGUAGAUGUCAAAUAUUAUAUCUAACAACGUCAGAGUCAAAAUUUUCAGUAACCUAUUUACACAAUGAUGUAUAAUCGACAAUCUCUCACCCCCACGUUACAAUGAACAUUUGGAGGAAAGUAUUUACAAAUGGAAACAUUGUAAUAGGUAAAGAUAGCGAACAUUUACCAAAGAACGACAACCUAGAACCGAACUCGUCUUGCGCUUUACCCACCACCUCACAUAUGCAAUCGCCACCUGCGUCCAGUUCGGGUAUCCUGAUGGUAGGACCAAAUUACAGGGUCGGAAGGAAAAUUGGCAGUGGGAAUUUUGGCGAAUUGCGGCUGGGAAAAAACCUUUACAAUAACGAGCAUGUUGCUAUUAAGAUGGAACCUAUUAAGACGAAGGCGCCUCAAUUGCAUUUGGAGUUUCGGUUUUAUAAAAUUCUAGGACAGACCGAUGGGAUUCCGAAGGUGUACCACUUAGGCACUUGCGGUGGACGGUACAACGCACUGGUAUUGGAACUUCUAGGUCCAAGUUUGGAAGACCUCUUCACGCUGUGCAACCGGCGUUUUAGACUGAAAACGGUUUUAAUGAUCGCCGAUCAGCUAAUCACGCGAAUCGAAUACGUUCACAGUAGACGUUUAAUUUUCCGCGACGUGAAACCGGAGAAUUUUCUAAUUGGAAGGCAAGGAACGAAAAAGGACAAACUAAUCCACAUAAUCGACUUCGGCUUAGCGAAGGAGUACAUCGAUGCCGAUACGAAUAAGCACAUUCCAUAUCGGGAACAUAAAUCACUUACUGGAACGGCGCGAUAUAUGAGCGUUAAUACGCAUUUGGGAAGAGAACAGUCUCGUAGAGACGAUUUGGAAGCUUUAGGGCAUAUGUUCAUGUAUUUUCUAAGAGGAUCACUGCCGUGGCAAGGGCUCAAGGCAGAUACGCUGAGAGAAAGGUACCAGAAAAUUGGCGAUACGAAGCGCUCCACCCCCAUUGAGGUAUUAUGCGAAGGAUAUCCCGAGGCGUUGGCCACAUACUUCAGAUACGUUAAGAGAUUAGAUUUUUUUGAAACGCCCGACUACGACUACUUAAGGAAACUGUUUAGUGAUCUGUACGAGGAAAGAGGGUACGUGAAUGACGAAAAUUUCGAUUGGACAGGUCGAACUGCCGCAUCAAAAACUACAUUAACGCAGGCUUGAAGCGACGUCGAAGCUUUCAUAUUCCAAAUCUGAUUAAGGGCGCUCGAAAGUUCAGUCGUUGUUAAUUUUACGUUCUCUAUGUAACAAUGAUCAAUUACAUUUAAUUAGAACAAGACGAAAUGAAUAGACAACAUAAAGGAUU